GAUCCUAAAACAAAAACAACAGAAUAUGUAUUAUUUGUGAAUAGCGAAGAAAUUUAUGAAGUUUCUUUAGUUGGACACAGAAUGAAUUGGUUGAAAACAACCAAAUCUUUCAAUGUGAAACAGUUGUCUGCACAUUUACAACGGAUUCAGGAGAGUUUAUUGAUGG